AUGGCCUUCUUUCAGAGGAUGCGCUCCCCUCCCCUGUCCUUCUUCCAGACAGUCAUGUCUCUCCUCCUGAACACCAUGGCCCUCAUGUCCUCCUUCUGGUGUGUGGGAAAGCAGAAGGUGCCCAAGCCGCUCUGCACGGCCACCAAGCACACCCACUGCAUCCCCGUCCCCGGAGUGUCCAACACCUCCAACAUCCAGUUCUUCUGGGAGACCGGGGACGACCGCUUUGUCUUCCCUGCUUUCCACACAGGCCUGUUCAUCAUCUGCGAGGAGAACAUCUAUGCUGACCAGUGGGAGGAGAAGUGCCGAGGAUUUUAUACCUUGACUCCAGGAGAUGAAAAGGCUAUGAUGUGGUUGUCGCUGUCCAUGGAGCUGGUGUAUAUCGGGUUGCUGCUGAUCAGCUGCACGCUGCUCUCUGUGCAGCUCUGCAUCAGAACCUGGUUCCCCUCCACGCUGCGCUGGGGUCAACUGCUCAACGCUUUCGCAGCUAUCUUCACCGUCCUGGGAGGUCUGCUUGGGAUGGUGGGUCACAUGAUGUUCAUGCAGGUGUUUCAGACCACUGCCUCGAUGGGACCAGAAGACUUUAAACCUCACAGCUAUGGCUACUCCUGGGCUUUCUACGUGGCCUGGCUUGCCUUCACCAUCUGCAUGGCGGCUGGUGUCUCCACCCUUAACAACUACACCAAAAAGGUCCUGAUGGUGGGUCCCAGGUGCACCUCCGACCUCAACCCUUGCAGCUUUAACUUUGUGGGACUCCUGCCACCAGCUCCUUACUACACCCCCCCAAACCCAGCCAUCACCCUGGCUGCGCCGCUUCCCGCCCCGCUCAUCUCCCACCUGUCUCCUUACUAUGAGCCUCCAUCAGCUGCUGUACCCCCCGCCUCGCCGAGGCUCACACACUCCCAGUCUCUUCCUCUCACACUCUCUGACUCCUUCCCACCUCCCCCGUCCCACCCUGCACCUCCAUCCCCGUACCACCGUCUGUCACUGCCCUCGCCGUCUCCCUCAUACGCAGCGUCCAGCUCUGUUCGCACGACGCUGCCAGGAGCCAGCGAGAGUCGCUUUGAUCAGGAGGAGGAUUACAGCCCACUCUGA